AUGGUUCAUUUGCAGGACAAUCUAUUUGAAACAGACAGCAUCUCAUCGCCUAGUAAACCAUCCGCCUACAGGCGUCGCAGGCUGUGGAAAAUCAUCAUACGCUCGUCCCUGGUCUGUACCUUGAUCACAGUGUGCUAUUUCUUUGGCCGAAGCAUCCAUUGGGGUGCCUUGUCAGAGAACUACGGAUACAGCACAAAAGACGUCGAUUUCAUGCGCUACUUUUGCAACCAAAUACAAGCGACACCCAAGCACGGACUCACAGAAGCAGCAGCCAAUGCAUUGGCGCCAGAAGAAGAGUUGGAGCAUCACAAGACUGGCUACCUGUUUCCAUCCGAUACGACACCUGCAGAUGACACCAUUCCUGAUCACGUAUGGAACGAUCUCCCAGUCAAGGGUGCAUACUACAUGAUUGUUAGGAAUGAAAACCUAGGUGAUGCUCGAUCCGUCAUCAAGAGCAUGGAAGACCAUAUGACCAACGGCACUCGGUAUCCUUGGGUGUUUCUGAACAACCAAGCCUUCACUGCUGAUUUCAAACGUUUCGUCAAAAAGAUCACCACUGCGCCCGUCUUCUUUGGCCAAAUUGACUUGCAAGUGUGGGAGUAUCCUCACUGGAUUGAUAUUCCAAGAGCAGAGUUUCUCAUGUUGCAGCAAGAAUUGCGCGGUGCUAACCGAGGGGCCAGCUUAUCGCACCAUCAAAUGCUGAGAUACCACGCUGGCUACUUUUUCCAUCAUCCAUUGCUGAGAGAUGUAGAGUACACUUGGCGAGUGGAGCCAGGCGCUGAUUACAGCUGUCAAAUGGAUCAAGACAUGUUUCUGUUUAUGAAGCAGCAGCAAAAGAAGCUAGGCUUUGUGCUUACCAUGCGCGAAUCUCCAGUGACAGUGCCUACCCUAUGGGCUCGUAUCAAUGAAUUCAAGGACUAUUAUCCAGAAUACAUCUUGCCCCAAAGUGAGACAAUCUGGCCGUGGAUCGUGGAGAAGGAGACCGAUACCUACAAUAUGUGCCAUCUGUGGUCCAACUUCCAAUUGGCUGAUCUGUCAUUCUUUAGAUCUGAAGCAUAUCAGCAGUAUUUCAAGUAUUUAGACAAUACAGGCAACUUUUUCUACGAGCGCUGGAGCGAUGCCCCCGUACAGACCAUUGCAGCCGCUCUCUUUAUGAAUAAGAAAGACAUCCAUUUCUUCAACCAGAUAGGCUAUUCGCACACAAGUGCUCUGCAUUGCCCUUACAAUGAAACACUUUUGAAGAAAUGCAGCUGCGACGUUACCUCUAAUUACGAUCUUUACCAGGACAGCUGCACAAAGAAGCUGCUCAAGUUGAUUGAUCCUGAAACCCUCUCUGAAAUGACCGACUUUAUCAAGGAAAAGCGCAUCGAAAUUCCCUCCAAAAUUGAAUAA